CAACAAUGACCGAGCGGAAGUUCACCCGUGGGCUUAACAAGCCCGGCAUGGCGGCACAGCUAAGGGAAAACAUCUCACAAGUUGUACGUGAAUCCACUUCACUUACCAAACCGAUUAUAGUAGAACCGAUCGAUUUCGAAGCGUUUGUGCUGAAAAACAGAACACUCAUACAGAACGAUCCGCAGCGAGAGUUGCUGCUCUACCCAACGGAUGAUGUAUCGGAAAUUCUACAGCCAAAGAAGUUUCGCACCGUACAUAGUAACAUUCCCGGACACGUGUCAGCGGCGACCAGCACCAGCAAUGGCUCGAGCAAACGUGGUAGUGAAAGUGGUUCGGCAUCAAGCAGUCAAAACGGCACCCCGAACAGCAAUCGAUCACAAUCGUCGACCUCGGCAAGUUGCGGUGUGUCGACGGUUGGCGGUCUUUUGCUUACCCGGCAGGCACUGCAUACGUACGACUCGCCGAACCAUCUUAUCCACUACAAAUAUAGUAAAUAUGGUGGGACAUGCUACGAUCUGCCACGAAUAUCAUCACCGUCGGAAGAAAUGCGCGAAGAGGUGUACGAGGUAGACACUGAUCCCGAUCGGCUGGAUGAACAGAUGACCCGCUCCCAAGCGGACACGAUCGCAAAGCAGGGCUAUCUUUUCAAAGGCCCGGACACCAAUUCCGACCGCAUGUUCGCCCACAUCGGGUCAAAAUCCUUCAAGAAGCGCUACUGCUAUCUACGGCAAGAGAUCGACGGCACGUACAUUCUCGAGCUGCACAAGGACGAGAAGCAGGCGGAAGCGAAGGCAACAAUUGUGAUGGACUUUUGUACCGAAGUUGUACCUAACCCGAAGAAAGGUCGCUUCUGCUUUGAGCUAAAGAUGAAGAUGAACGAAGGACAGCACGGCAAAUCCGUCACGUUGGCAGCGGACGACGAGAGCGAGAUGGAGGAUUGGUUGCGCAAAAUCUCGUCCGUACUGCAGCAGAACAAGCUGCAGGAAGACAAACGUGUGGCGUCGCUAGAACGAACAGCUGCACCACCGCUUCCAGCUAGCCCUAGCACGAUGCAGUACGGCACACUCAAGGGACUGGAACAGAGUAUGAACCCUCAGCUGAAUCGGUACGCGCGGGAAACGGAUCAAUCGAUCGCCCAGGCACGACGGGAUAGUCGGAAACGGCUUUUCGGUGGUCAACAGUUGCUGUAUCUACAAUCUGGUGGCAAUGUUGGUGGUGGCAUGAAAGCAGCUUUAUCGGCCAUCGGCAGUGGGACGACGGCAGGUUUAAGCAAAUCGGAAGCAUUCAUCGAACCGUACCGGGUACAGUUUGGACAACGUAUCUUGAUCAAGUGUGAUUCGCUGCGCUUCCGAUUGCUGGGCCCGAUCGAUGGUGUGGAUGGUCCUCCGCCGCAAGAUUCGGAUGCACCACUGUGUCAGAUCGAACCAUACCUCACAAGUGUGGCGCUUUACGAUGCCCGUGCUGGACGAAAACUGAGUGAAAAUUUCUACUUUGACCUCAACAAGGACCACGUGCGAGAGCUACUAACCGGCAGCUGUAAAGCCGAACGUCCGCACUGUGCCUCUCCAAAGUCAACGAACAAAUCGCACCAAAAUGGUAACGGCACACUCAAGCCAGGCCGAGCGAAAUGCGACACCAGUGACGAACUACAGCUACAUUCCGAAGCGGUCACCAAAGAGUGGCUAGCCCGUGCAAAACAAGCCGUAUUUAAUGUUACCGUGCCGCAUGCGGACAUAUUCAUCGUUGUGCGUAUAGACAAAAUCUUGCAAGGUGCCAUCAAUCCUUCCGUCGAGCCAUAUUUAAAGACUACCAAAGAUCCGAAAGUGUUGUGCAAGCUGCAGAAGACGAUCAAGCAGUACGCACAAAAGUGUGGCCACUAUCGAAUGCCAUUUGCAUGGGCUGCGAGGCCGCUGUUUCAGCUGUACAGCAACGAUCUAGACACGUCGUACGAAUUUCCUGCCAUUUACCGGCAGGAAGGCGCCAAGCUGAAGGAUGAAGAGCUGCUGAAGCUGCUGUCCGAGUAUAGGAAACCGGAUAAAUUCAGUAAACUGACUGUGAUACCGGGUUCAUUGAAGAUUUACAUUGAAGCGUUAAACGAACUGCCCAACAACUGCCUUACAAACAGUUUGGUCCCAUUAAAUCCAUUCCCGAUUCCACCUGCAGUCGAUCCAACGAUAGAAGUGACGGAAUUUGGUAACAACUCUGAGCAAUAUCUCCAUCCCUUUGUCCAUUUCGUAAACCAUUUGUUUGUGUAUCCGCUCCAUUUGAGCUACGAUAGUCAAAAAAUUUUCUCCCGAGCUCGUAACUUGGCUGUGAUUGUAGAACUUCGUGACAGUGAUACGGCCGAAGCAAAAUCGAUAGAGUGUAUUUAUGGUCGUCCUGGUCAAGAUCAACUUGUCUCCCAAAUGGCUUGCCCAGUCCUGCAUCACAACACUAGUCCUACCUGGUACGAGGAGAUCAAGUUGCGCCUGCCACUCAACAUUACCGCUCAGCAUCAUCUACUGUUUUCCUUCUUCCACGUGUCGUGCAAUAUUGCAAAAAAGAAAGAUCUUACCACCACCAGCACCGAAACGCCGGUUGGAUUCGCCUGGCUGCCAUUGCUCUCGAAGGGCAAAAUCAAUGUAGAGGAACAGUGUCUUCCGGUGGCGGCCUCGCUACCCAUAGGGUAUCUGUCGAUACAGCCACUCGGCUUAGGAAGAGGGCAGAAUGCCGGUCCCGAUGUGCAGUGGAUCGAUAAUCAGCGACCGAUCUUUACCAUCAGCUUACGGCUUGAUUCAACCGUACUCACCACCGAUCAGCAUCUGCACAACCUAUUUCUACAUGCCGAACGUUUGCUAGAGCACUCGAAGACCGUUGCACCUCCGGAUACCACCGAAACGUGCAAGAUCCUAAAAGCCGCCCAUGCCAUACAGAUUGGUUCACUGAUCACCUUUCUACCAACGAUACUGAAUCAGCUGUUUUCGCUUCUCGUUGCCACAAACAACGAAGAAGUGGGACUGAACAUAAUCCGUCUGCUGGUCAACCUGUUCCACAUGGUAGCGGAAGAAGCAAAGCGAAAGGAACUCCUGAUGGCGUACGUGAAAUAUGUGUACCGCAUCGAUAGCCAACCAGUAAACGGGUGCUCCCCAACCUCACAGAACACUGUGCAUGGAGAACUGUGCCGUCAUCUGCCAACGCUACUGCACCCGAACAAUACGGACUUUUUGCUGGUGAACAAGUUUAUGAAAUUUUCCGGCAUUUUCUUCGAGGUCAUCGUAAAAAGCAUGGCACAAUAUCUCCUCUCGACCGGGCGCAUCAAGAUGCAACGAAAUGAACGGUUUCCGAAAGAGUUUUGCACCCGUAUCGAGGCAUUGUUCCAGGUGCUCGUCCCUUACAUUAGCUCCCGCCAUAAGGAUCUGCCAAUGGAAACGGAACAGCUGAACCAAAGCCUUUCGGUGUUUGUAAAGCGCUGUCUUUCGUUUAUGGAUCGUGGAUUCGUGUUUCGACUGAUUAGGCUCUAUAUGGAUCGUUGGGGUCCGGGCGAUUCGCGCAUUCUACAGGAGUACAAAUUUAGCUUUCUGCGCGAAGUUUGUUCACACGAGCACUAUAUUCCGCUGAACCUUCCGUUUAUGCUGACGCCCAAUAAUCGUGCUCCAGAUUUGUUGCAACAGUUCUGUCUUUCGGAGGAGUACUGUCGGCAACAUUUCCUGGUGGGAAUUCUGUUGCAAGAAGUCAAAAGCUCAUUAAACGAAGUUAGUCACAUCCGGCGUAUGGGGUUGGUUACGUUGAAGGAAUUGUUGGCCAAACACGAUCUAGAUGAUCGGUACCAAAACAAAGGACAGUUGAGCCGAUUGGCAAUGCUUUAUGUACCGUGGUUGGGAAUUGUGCUCGAGAAUCUGAACCGUAUUUCCGAUGGAAUGGAUCGGAAAGGUAAGCACGACCCCGUUGGCACAAACCGUAUGUCGUGUAGCAGCAGCUACGUUUUUGCGCGCGAUUCCCUACCCACACUGCCAACUGCAACUCCGUCAACCGUUACCUCACAAACAAGUACACCAAAGUCCCGCUCGAACCGGGUAACGAUGUUCAUCGAGUACACGAGUCCGAUAAGAUCAUCGUUGCAUCUGAAAGAUACAAGUUUUCUGGCAGCAAUAGCGGGCCAAUCAGCGGCAUUAUCGAAUGGCCAUUCUAGUAGUUCGCUCAACUCCGAAUGUUCUACGCUCUCGCAGGAUGGGACUGUAGUUAUACGGAAUCAGUUUAACGAAUCCUGUGCCAACUCGACCCGUCCUAGCCAUGCCCGAUCGGUAAGCGUUACCCAGCCAACCAUCAUCCAGCGAACGGAUAAGUUUUCCGUUACCGAAACCAAAGAUUUGCUGAUUAGCUUCCUGUUCGUCGUGAAGCAUCUUUCGCCGGAGCACAUGAUCGCGUGGUGGCACAAUUGCACCGAGAGUGAAACGGUCCAGUUCUUCACCGUGCUCGAUCUUUGCCUGCUGUACUUUCGGUACGUGGGCAAAAAGCAUGUACAGGUACCAGCUGACGGUGGACGAGAUGCGAAGAGUACCAAAGCAGCCAAAGCAAGCACACUGCCAGCCCGAGUACUUCCACCGAGCAUUACAAAUGGUAGCGGGGAGUCUGGAUUUGAAUCUGGCACGCUUAAUCAUACUGCAAAUCGAGAAAAUUUGGUAGAAGAAACGCUACGUUUAAAGCAGGCUCUUUACGAAUCAAACUUGGCGACCGAAAUCGGUCUUGUCGUGCUCGAUUGUAUGGGACUGUACUCGGUACAGUUUCGCGAGUCGAUGAUAGAGGGUACGGUACUACCAAAGAUUGCACGCGUAUAUUUGCGCUUCUUACAGCUCGGCCAGUCGGAAUCACUUUCGAAGCACGUGUUUGCAGCACUGCGCGCCUUCAUCAACAACUUCUCGCAAGCACUGUUUAAAGGCACUGCCGUACUGUGUGGUCAGUUGGUGUACGAGCUGCUCAAGUGUUGUGAUAGCCGGCUUUCCAGUUUGCGGCAGGAAGCUUGUGCCGUACUUUAUCUACUGAUGCGCAGCAACUUUGAGUUUAGUGGUCGGAAAGGAUUAACACGUGUACAUCUGCAGGUGAUCAUCUCGGUUUCGCAGAUGAUCGGUAACGUAAUCGGGUUGAACAAUGCACGCUUUCAGGAAUCGCUAUCGACGAUCAACAACUAUGCAAGCAGUGAUAAGGCAAUGAAAGGAACCGGAUUCCCAAUGGAGGUGAAAGAUCUGACACGCCGAGUUCGUACGGUUCUGAUGGCAACGGCCCAAAUGCAAGCUCAUCAUAUGGAUCCGGAACGGUUGCUAGAGUUGCAACACUCGCUUGCCAACUCGUAUGCGUCCACACCGGAGCUACGCCAAACGUGGCUAACAACGAUGGCUAACAAUCAUCUGCAGAAUGGAAACAUUUCUGAGGCUGCCUGUUGCUAUCUGCACAUUGCUGCUCUGGUUUCCGAGUAUCUUAAGCUGAAGGGUUGCUGUCCGGUAGCGCAAGGUGCGGAAUCCUUUGCCCGCAUUUCACGCAACAUUCCGCGGGAUGAGAAGGGUCUAAAGCUGGACAGCGGGACACAGGACUCGCAGUACACGGAACAGUUUCUGCUCGAACGGCUGAAGGAAUGUGCGGAGUAUUUGGAUCGUUCCGAGCGACUCGAGUGUUUGGGUGAGCUGUAUCGAUUAAUUAUCCCGAUACUGGAGUCGCGCAGAGAUUAUCACGGACUGACGCAGUGUUACGAACAUCUGACGCAAGCAUACAACCGGGUGAUCGAGUUCAACAAGUCAGGAAAGCGGCUGCUGGGACGCUUCUAUCGGGUGAUAUUCUUCAGUCAGGUUUACUUCGAGGAGGAAAAUGGCGUUGAGUAUAUCUACAAAGAACCAAAGGUAACAUCGUUGAGUGAAAUCUCCGAACGACUGCACAAACAGUAUCGGGACAAAUUUGGCGCCGACAAUGUGAAGAUAUUGAUGGACUCGGCACCGGUUGAUCAAUCGACACUCGAUCCAAAGAUUGCAUACAUCCAGGUAACACACGUGACGCCUUACUACUGCAAAGACGAGCUAGAGAUGAGGCCCACCGAGUUCGAACAAAAUCAUGAUGUGGACACAUUCAUGUACGAAACACCGUUUACACCUUCCGGGGCUGCACACGGUGCCGUUGAGGAUCAAUGGAAACGAAGAACCGUUUUGACGACUCUCCAUAGUUUUCCGUACGUUCUGAAGCGUAUUCCAGUGCGCGAUCGACAAUCGCAAGAACUCAGCCCGAUCGAGGUGGCGAUAGAUGAGAUGCAGACCAAAAUUGCCGAGCUGGAAGAGAUCGUUAUGGGUCCGAUCGAUCUGAAAAAGCUUCAGCUACGUCUACAGGGUAGUGUUGCCGUGACGGUAAACGCUGGUCCACUUGCAUAUGCUACCGCCUUUUUAGAUCCGGCCAAAACGAUAUCCAAAAAAUACCCGCUGGACAAAGUGGAAGACCUUAAGGAAGUGUUUCGUGAUUUUAUAAAAAUCUGCUACACGGUACUGCAAAUUAACGCAAACUUAAUUUCGUCCGAUCAACGCGAGUACCACAACGCACUGAAGGAGAAUUACGAAAAUCUUUGCUCGGCAUUAAGUGAUCUGCUAGGGGAGAUCGUAUAUCCACUGGACGAUGGUAACAAUAAUGCUCAUCGCCACAGUUUAGCGCUGUUUAGUGCUAUCAGUGGUGCACCAACAAAUUCCAGCACAGCAUAA